UGGGCCAAUCAGAUUCAUCUGCCAAAUCCGGAAAAUGCACUCUUGAAUUCUUAGGAGGGGUCCACGUAAAGCCAGAGUGGAUCAAGAGAUUCCCCCCUCCCACCCCGUCUUUGUUUGGUCGCUCCUUUCCCUCGAAGGGUUACCACCCAACAACCUGCUUCUGGUGCUCCUGAUUGGUGGGCUGCUUGUGAUGGGGGCGGUCCGAGUGUCGGGCUUGUGAGAGCUUUACCAGUGGUGAGCCAGCUCUCAGCUGUCAGAGAGCACCCAGUCUGCAGUGGAGGCACAAGCAGAAUCUGUCUCUGUUUGCAAUAUCUACUGCUGCAGCACCUGUCCAAAUAUCCGCGUUUAAAGGACUUUCUAAGGCUCUUUGUUUCUACUCAGCCACAACAAUUGCCAGACAAGGACUUAAAAGGAAUUAAAUUUCCGCUAAAUCUUGGCUUUUGCUCUAUUUCCUCCUUCCUGUCCUUUGUUUUCAACCAGCAGAAUCCCUCACAGCAAAAGCAACGCAGAACAUCAUCUCAACAUCCGCUUCUGAAGACAUCGUGGGAAUACUUAAUGCGAAAUACCACAAAUAGUCCUCUGUGGAUCUGCAGUGUGCGAAUCAGUGUGUGCGCAUCCUUGCCAGAUCAGGCCCCCACCACAUUGUGUGUGCGUGUGUGAGGAGGCUAAUGCCCACGGCAGUGUGGUCAGGGCCAGAGGAGGAUGGGUCCGGCUGUGGAGGGUCAGGCGCAGAAGGCCAUGGAUGCAGAGCAAAAGCAAAAGCACCAGCUGCAGCACCAGCAGUGCUACAUGGAGAAAGGGGUGAUGCUUGAGCCCUUCGUACACCAGGUGGGGGGACAUUGCUGCGUCCUGCGUUUCGGGGAGCAGACCGUCUGCAAGCCCCUCAUACCCCGAGAACAUCAGUUCUACAAGAGUCUUCCUGCUGCAAUGAGGAAGUUCACCCCCCAGUACAGAGGUGUGGUGUCAGUGAGCUUCGAAGAGGAUGAGGAAGGGAACCUUUGCCUCAUCGCUUACCCCCUCCAGAGUGACCCAGCAGCAGAUCUGGAGAACAAGGACCCCUUGGUCGACUGCGAGCCCAAAAGCGAGAUGCUGAAGUGGGGGAAGACGAUGUCAUCCUCACUGCUUGUGGACAGCAAGAAUUACAGCAAAGAUGGACGAAGCCGCUACACCACUAAAGACAAAGAGAAGGGUCUUCACAAGCUGCAGGAGGACGUAGAGCUGGAGUGGCUGCGGCAGACCGAGGUGCUAUACUACAGACUGGAGCACAGUCACAGUAACGCUGUGCAGCUCAGACACAACCCCUGGAGCCUCAAGUGUCAACAGCAUCACCUGCAGAAGAUGAAGGAGAACGCUAAGCAUCACAACCAGUACAAAUUCAUUUUGCUGGAGAACCUAACGUGGCAGCACACAAUGCCAUGUGUGUUGGACCUGAAGAUGGGCACACAGCAGCAUGGAGACGAUGCCACAGAGGAAAAAAAGGCAGUGAAGAUCCGAAAGUGUCAGAGCAGCACGGCGUCCUCGUUAGGAGUCUGCCUUGCUGGCAUGCAGGUAUACCAGUCUGACACGGGCCAGGUGAUGUUUAUGAGCAAGUUCCAUGGCCGCAGGCUGACACUAGCGGACUUUAAGGAGGCUUUGUUCCAGUUCUUCCACAGUGGACGCCGUCUACGACGUGAACUUCUCUCCCCGGUGCUGCAAAGGCUCAGAGACAUGCAAGCUGCCCUGGAAGGCUGUGAAUCGUACCGCUUCUACUCCAGCUCCCUGCUCAUCAUCUAUGAUGGAGCAACUCACAGGAAACACACUCGCCAACACACUGAGGACAGUCACUCUGAAGAAGAUGAAGAGGAGGAGGAAGAGUAUGAGGAUGAUGAGCCGGAGGCUGAACCAGAAAUGGAAGAGGAAGAGGAGGAGGAGGUGGGUGAAGUAGCAGGUGCACUUGGUUUUCCUCACAGCCCUUCCAUGUCUAGCGAGGGCAGCAGCAGCAGUGGUGGGAGCCCGGGUGUCGGCCAGGCUCGCUUGUCGCACUCAGAGCCCCGCGGCCCCGUGGUGGACGUGAGGAUGAUAGAUUUUGCCCACACCACCUGCAGACAUUUCCAAGGAGACACUGUGGUGUACGAGGGCCUGGACAGUGGCUACCUCUUUGGUCUCCAGAACCUGAUCACUAUUAUCUCUGAACUGGAGAACCACAGCACAGACUGAAAACCUUUGGAAGAGAAGAGCAGGACUGGACUACAGAAGGGGAGAGAUAUUUUUCCUCUCCUCUUCAAAAUUUUAUCUUGUUGUAGCUGGUCUUUCAUUGGACCCAUCCCUGUUUCUGCCAUUGGUGCUUCUUGAUGUUCCUGUCGCGUGUUGCCGUCUUCGGAAUAUGAAACAGAUCUUCAUGUAACAUAGAAGAGCCAUUCGUGUGACUGAUGCAGUGAUUUACCCAUUGCCAUCGUUCUCUUUAACCCAGUUAGGACAAAAAGGGUAGGCAGCAAAUAAAAGCAGUCUGAAGCCUUGAGACAGUAGAAAUGUUUUCCUUGUGUCCGAUUCCAAAGAAAGUAUCAGCAUUUUGCACACACAAACAUGCACUGAAACACAUUCUGUUGAGCGUGUGUUGACACUGAGACAGGGCUACUUAAGGGAGUAGGAGUAGGAGUCACAUGUGUCUGAGGACAGAGUCGAUGGGAGGAGAGGUAGUGAGCUCACACCCUCCGUUCUUUUCUUCUGCCUGUUCAUUCUGCCAUCAUUCUCUCCUUGUUUAUCUUCACUCAAAGAGACUAUAUUCAUAAGGCUAUCAGAAACAGAUGAUGUAGAGCUAUUUCUUUAUUUGACAUGUUUCAUAAAAUAAACUAAAAGUUCAAAAACGAA